AAUAGAUGAAUAUUUUCUCCUACAACAUCGGAGUGUAGCGCCACAUUAAAUACGCACUGCAAUCACAAUAGUUUAAAGCGAUUUGAAGAAUGUUUUUGUUAAAAAAAAUUUGGGGGGGUGGGGGGUCAAAAAUCGUCCAAACUCGCGUGACGUCAUUUAUGGACGGCCCCUAAGAUAAUCCGAAUCCAACUAUUGAAAAACCCACAGGGGACGGUGGUGGUGGUAGUGGCGGUGUUUCGUUAACAUCUUAUUGUUUUUUUCACCACCCCCUCUACGCGUCGAGUGUUCUUUAUUUCCGCAUAUCUAGGCGGUGAGAAAUUUUGCUUCAAAUAGCGAUGGUGCAAGGUGGCGCAUGGCAGUCCCCAAGACGCGUCGUCUCAGCUCGCGUGCGUGCAAGUGGUGCUUCCAUUCGACUUCUCUCCGCGUGUUCAUUAGAAGCGAGUUGGAGUUGAAAUCUCCCACCACCGUCCACAAGAUUGGAAGAACUUCGAGAACCAUGGCGACUCAAGCUGCGUCAAUUGUCCUGAUGAUCUUCGUCGCUGGAGCGUACAUCUCGGCUGUCCAAGGCACUCCUGCCGCACCCAGGGGCCGCAUUGUGAACGGUCAGGAGGCCACUCCACAUGCGUGGCCAUGGCAGGUGUCUGUGCUGUUCUUCUCAGUGAAUUCUUGGUAUCACAAGUGCGGGGGAUCGCUCAUAGAUGCGCAGUGGGUGAUGACGGCCGCGCACUGCUACAGUAACAACACGAUACACAAGGUCUGGCUGGGAAAGCACAACUUGGGAACACAUGAAGUUGGAGAAAUCGCUUCCUCCAUCAGCCUUUUCAUCACACACCCCUCGUGGAAUCCAGACUUCCCAGAACACGGGUUUGACAUCGCGUUGAUUAAGCUCGCUGCCCCAGUGUCACUGAGCAACACCGUACAGGUGGCUGCACUGCCCGGUGCUGACUGGCUCCUGCAGAGUUGGCAGUCUUGCUACGCUACCGGUUGGGGGAGGCUUUACACCAACGGCACUCUCCCGCGAGUUCUGCAGCAGGUCGCUCUGCCCGUCCUCAGUUAUGACACCUGUAGCAGGAAACAAUGGUGGGGCUCUCUCGUGACGGAAAACAUGGUGUGUGCCGGCGAUGCUCAGCACUCUACCUGCCAGGGCGACUCGGGAGGGCCGCUCAACUGUCGGACAGACACGAAGUGGAUGGUCUACGGCAUCACCAGCUUCGGCCCGGAAAUCUGUAACACCUCCAUGAAGCCGUCCGUGUUCACGCGCGUAUCUGCAUUCAAGCGCUGGAUCACCUCCACGACUGACAUCCAGUUUCCCAACGACAUAACAACCACAACAGCUACGCCAAAAACAACCACAACAGCUCGCCCGGUGAGUAACGUUGCACGGUUCAGCUGGCCCUGUGUCUUUCUGUGCCGCUAUAAUCCGCGCAUUGUACAUUCGGUGCAUGACACGACACGUUGCAUACAUGAUAACGCGAAUCAUCCACGUGGUUAUGCAAUCACAAUCUUAGGGUGGCGGUGGUGUAUGGUGUCCUACCCGUGUGCUAUCAGUUGCCUUUAACAUCGACAAUACUGCAAGGCGUGGCCAAAUUUGGCCUUCUUAAAAAUAAGGGAGAUUUAACUACACUUAUUUGCCAAUCUUAUUUGACAGACAACCAUCACAGUUUUACCAUGUCUAGUGGUGGUCUCCCUGUCACAGGUUAAGUCACAAACCGCACCUCUCCAUAACAAAGGCUCAGCCUUUGUUAUGCAGUCUAUUCUUAGUCUCAAGCCUCACCUUACCAUAUUAAUAAAAAGUAUGCGGCCCUUGCCCCCCCCCUCCCCAACCAUUAUAUGAACGGAGUGGUAGCUCCUGAAAUCUCUCAUUUACUUGAUACAGCUGUCGUGGCUGUGACGGUACCACCUGAAGACGGAAGCUUGUGUUGCCUCCGAAACGUCGUGAGAAUUAUUUUAUUUUACUUUUCAUUGUUUUUACCUACGUGCCUUUACCGAAAAAACCUAAGAAUAUGAAUCAUUGCAAUCACGAAAGCUUCAAAUCUAGAAAUAAGGGAGGUUUAUUAAGAAAACAUAUUAUCAUUUUUUUUUACCAGUUAAGGCUACCUGGGCUACAUAACUCUAUAUCAGAAGCGACCAGCCUAUCAUAAAUUAUAGGUAAAGUGGCUUAUCAUGUGGAAAUGUAUUGCAGCCAAAUACUCAAUAAUCUAAAUCCAUGCUUCUAAAUGUGGAGGGCAAAACGGGAGGACCCAUAAAAAAAUCCAUGCGACCACGGCAAGAGAGACAUGAUAAAACUCCAAAUAUACAGGCAUCAGGGUCGGGAUCGAACCUAUGACCACCUGUAUACCAGGCAAUGUAGUUAACAUCUUGCCAUACUGAGGACUCCCCCACUGCUGAUAUAAGCAGAUAUUUAGAGGACGUUUCGAUUUAAAGCUUUCGUGACUGCAGGAAUUCAUCUUCUUGGUUCUUUCGGUAAAGUCACGUAGAAGGGAAAUAAUAAAAUAAUAAAAAUUAUAUAUAUUGUUUUAUUAUGUUUAUUUUUAUUAUUUUAUUACUUCCCUUCUAAAAUAAAACAUAUUAUUACGUUUUAUUUUAAUUUAAUUUUUUUAUUUUAUUACUUCCCUUCUACGUGACUUUACCGAAAGAACCAAGAAUAUUUAGAGGACGUGUUGAAAUGACAUUGCACGUAUUGUGACAUGUUACGUGAUUUUCUACUGGAGUCCUUUGCACUGCGGUUGAGUCAUGAAUGGUGAAGGGUGACAGAUAAGACUCCUGAUUGUAUUCACAAACAAUUCAGAUGCCAGCUAUCAAGAACACGCCAUCGGUAUGUUGUUACCAUCUCUUCAAGCAUAUUUCGCAUCACAGCGGGUCACUCGGGAACUGACAUCUGAGAAAGCUUUGAGGGGUGAUCAGGGUCAGUUCAAAUGUACAUGCCCGUACAAGUGUAUUCCUUUCAUGUGUGGUGUAUUAUUGCUGCCAUUGGUGAUGUAUGUGUAGUGCUGAACUUUACGCGGACAACUUGUUCUUUUUCUGUCGUCACUUUAUUUGAUCAAACUCAGCACAUUUCGCCACCACUCGUUCUCCGCUCGCUCGCCGCGCUCCGCCGGCCUCGCUCGCUCUGUUCCUCCCUCUCUCUCUCCGUCUCUCUCUCUCCCUACUCUCCUCUCUGCUUCGCCCGUCUCGGCUCACUCCAGCCGUCGCUCUUUCUCGGCUUUUCCAUCUCACUCCGACUGUCUCUCUCGUUCCCGUUCCACUGCUAGCCUAUCCGUCCUUUCAUCUCCCCUUCUUCCCCGGCUCCCCUGCUACCCUAUUCUAUCUUCCAUAUCCUCCUCGUCUCCGUCUCUACUGCUACCCUAUACUUAUUCUUCUUCACUGCUACCCUAUACUUCUUCUUCUACUCCACUGCUACCCGAUACUUCUUCUCACAUCUUCGUCUCCGUCCAGCUCCCAGCACAACUCCACGUCUUACUCUGACGCUCCCGUAUUUAUUCCCGUCCCUAUUAAUUUCCAAUUAAUUAACUGGCGUCUCCCCAACGCCCCGCGCCCCCAGCCCCCGCCGCCACCUGUUCCCAUUCCCAGACUUACAGGCGCCACCUUGUCCCUGACAACAACAACUGGCCAAUCACUGCCCUGCAUCCCAUAAUUGCCUAACGGGCCGUCUCCAUCCAGCCGUUGUCCCCCAGCAACAGCAGCAUGUCCCGAUACGACCACACUGUCCCCAACUCGCACGUGUUUACAAUUACCCCCCUUGGUGCACGUUAAACCACUACAUACAUAUGUUUCGAUUUAAAGCUUUCGUGACUGCAGGGAUUCAUCUUCUUGGUUUUUUCGGUAAAGUCACGUAGAAGGGAAGUAAUAAAAUGC